AUGUCUGCGAACUUCAACCGAAAUCCUACCGGAAAGAACCAAUAUGCCAAAAGCGAAGCGCUGGAAGAGUCGAUCAAGACUGCACUCCAGGGGUACCACCAGGACGGGGUUACAAACUACGCAAUAAUAUCUCAACUGCUGUUCAAGGAUCUGGAAGUAACCUUGGGUCCCAAACAGGUCCAGCGGCGGCUUUCGAAGCUAGGACUCUUUGCGGCCAAGGGAACCAUGGAACGGAUCGAACAUGCUGAUGUGGUGCAACUGGUUCUCGACGAACUUGACAAGGAUGUAGUGAAGCACCUUGGUGUCAAGUCCAUUCGGGACAAGAUAAGGCAAACCUCAGAUGUUAUCCUAUCCAGAUCAUUUGUGUCCUGGAUGAUGCAUCUCCAUGACCCAGAUGGCUUUGCCGGACGCAACCCUACAGCUAAGCGCAUCUAUCGCUCUCCCAAGUACCCGAUAGGUAUCAAUCACAAGUGGUCAAGCGACGGUCAUGAUAAAUUGUACUCGAUCGGAUAUCCCAUCUACGCAAUUGUGGAUGAUGCUACUGGGAAAACACUGGGCGCUUGGGUUCUGCCCAGCAAUCGUCAGCAAGAUAUCAUCUUGUAUGUCUAUCUCUGCUGUGUGGAGAAGUACGGUGGUAUUCCUCUGACCACAACAACGGACUGUGGUACGGAGACUCUCAAGAUGGUGAAUAUGCAGAAGGAACUGCGGAACACCUUCCACCCCGACAUUUCUGAGGCCGAAGUUCCUGCCCACAUAUACCUUCGAAGUGUACAUAACAUUUCAGUAGAACGUAGCUGGUAUCGUCUGCGUCUGGACUUUGGUGAUCGCGCCGUGUACCUGUUCAAGGAGGGUGCUAUCCAAGGGAUCUAUAAUCCUCAUGAUGCUGAUCAUGUCCAGCUUAGUCUAUGGCUCUGGUCUCGGAUCCUCCAGAAGGAGCUAGAUGCGACAGUCGAGUUUCGAAACAACAGUGCGGUGCGGAAGCAGAAGGCAAAGCCUGGGCCUUCGGGAUUCAGUCGCAACAUCGCUUACACGCUGUACGAACAGUGGGGAGGGGUGGACUGCAAGCUCGUGGUGGAUAUGAACUUGAUCAGGGAGCAGAAAGCCCUGCUCGGAGGUGACACACUUCUUGAGUUCACGACGUUGGAAUUUUCGCAACGGGCUCAGGCUGUCUUUGUCACUCUCGGAGAAGUACCCUUGUCCAUGGAGUCCGGGUGGACAUUAUUCCAGGUGAUGCUUCCUGAUGUAUUUCCCGAACGUAACUUUCUGCGUCCUGUAUUGUAG